CAAUACGCAGCAGUACUUGUUCGAUAUCCGCACCUCCGAUUCCAUCGAUCUGAAUUCUCCCUUCUAAACCAUUUGUCUUCAGGUGUAAGCGAUCCCUAGGAUACCCAAAUGAAAUCUUCAAGCUUCAAUGGUGUCCCCCUUAACCUCGAUGUGUUCAGGGACAUCAUGUUAUGUUUGGACCAGCGUUGCGACCUCGUGGCGUUUAUGACUACGUGCCAUGUUCUUUUUUCAACAGGACUAUCUCGCUAUCUCUCUUUACCUAUCGGUCUCUUCACAACCUCUCAGUUUAGGUCGUUUUGCGCCUUCAUCCAUGGAGAUCUCCAAGAUCGCGCCAAACUUCUGCGUCACAUAAUUAUUGGCGAACUCUGUUGGGAUCCCAAAGACGAACCUCAACUGUCCGAUGACUUUAUUCGAGUUUUGGAGCGCGCAGCCCGCCUGGAGAAGCUUUCUAUUCUGAAAUGUGACGAAUGGAUUAGACAAAUAUCAACCAUGACUUCUGCAUUGUGCUCCAUGAGCAAUAUUAAGAAAAUCGAAUUGGAUCCCAUUACUGCUUCAAACAUUGCCGAGGUCUUUAAGAAAGGUCCUGCUCGUCCUCGUGCGUUAACCAUCUCGUUCGUUGACGCGGGACCCAGUGACAUGGGCAAAGCGCUGGAGAUCUGGAGGGACACCCUAGAAGAACUGGAAAUCUACUAUACUGGCUAUUAUAUCGGCCGAAAUCCCUUUCCACGUGUGACUCAGCUCACUUCACAUGGUCCCUUGUUCAAUGUAGGCAUUCUAGCCCAAGUGUUCCCUAACCUACAAAGGUUGAUCUAUGCGAAACCACAUCUUUCCUAUGUGGAGAAUAGAUCUGUUUCCUCGGACGUCUCGUGGCAACAUCUGGACGUCUUGCAGGGACCUGCUCAUGUCCUCUGUCAAGUCCUUCUGACAUGUCAUGUUCGACAUGUAAUAGUGGAUGGCGUUGAUAGCCGUUCUUUGGGGCAUAUUCAGGCUCUCCUUGACGUAGCUUCUCCCACUGUCCUUGCCUUAGACAUCUGGAUUGGGGCCAACGUAGACAUACAGUUGGAACGCACGGACAGCUCGCUCCACUCGACUUCUGUGAAGCAACUUCACAUCAACGUAGUAUUCAAUGACCUCUUUCAUGGCAAAUAUAUGAGGUUCAUGGAACCUUUCUUUCGAUUUCUUCCUACGGGUCUCUCUGAACUCACUGCUGUAUCAAUCAUCUUCUCUCUUGCUGAAACAUCGGAUCCCACGUCUCGCGUGCGAAAUAUCUCCACAAGAACACUUCUAUCGCUAUUUGAUGAUUACCUCUGCCUUGUCCCUCCAUCCGCGCUAGCAUGUGGGAUUGCAAGGAUACUUGGACCUAACGUGAAACACGUACAUAUGCAGCUCCCAAAAGCAUCCUCAUCUCGCUUUGAAACAUGUUGGGAGGUCACCAUGCCGGAAACAGGACAUGGUGAGAGGAAAUAUGGGCCUGAACUCGAGGAAGUGCCGGUUGAUGUUUACCGACGAAUCAUGGAGGCCCAGAAGUCAUAAUCGGUAUCUUGAAGCACAAGGGAGCGGUCCUAAUGAUUAACACAGGCCCUGUUGUCCUCUUAAUCCACUCUAGACCUUUGCGUGACCUAGCUAUUCAAUGACAUUUAACAAUCCUUUCAUACUUGCUUGUUCAGGUCCGUAUCUCCCGUACUUGGAUUUCAGUAUGUCAACCUAAUUAUCACAAUACUCGGGCUAUAUACCUUCUGAAGUGCACGCCGCCUUUUCACACCUCUAACGUUUGUCUUUCCUCAACUAUGUAUAAUUUGAAGUCACGUAAUAGACUCGCGCGAUGCCAUGCACG